UCAUGAUUCAUUACGUGCGUGCUGUGCGUGCUGCGUGAAAGCCUGUGCUGUGCUGUGUUUGUGAUAACUACGCUACAGUUACUUGCUCUGUUUGAAAGCAGACUUUUUUUCAGGAAGCUAAAUAUUAAGUGUUUUUUUCUCAAAUCUGUAAUAUAAUAGUGCAUCUAAACGAUCUAAACAGUCAAAAAUAUCAAGUUGUUUACAGCAAUUUCAUCGUUAAAUUAAAUAGCUCAGACGCACGUAUAUAAUAAGUAUUGAACGUAAUAAUCGACGACGCAUAAUGGAGCUGCCACAUCUUGGAGAACACUGUUCUGAGAAAUAUUGCAACAAAUUGGAUUUUCUUCCCAUGAAAUGCGACGCUUGCGGUUCAAUUUACUGUUCGGAUCACUUUAGCUAUCGGGCACAUUCAUGUCCUUCUGCCUACAAAAAGGACGUGCAGGUACCAAUUUGUCCAUUAUGUAGUGAACCUGUUCCUACUCCUAGAGAUGUAUCACCAGAUAUAACUGUAGGGGCUCAUAUUGAUCAGUUUUGCAAAUCAGACAAGAAAAAAAUAUACACUAAUCGUUGCUCGUAUAAAAACUGCAAGAAAAAGGAACUGAUUCCAGUUUCGUGCACGGUUUGUAAGCGAAACUAUUGCCUUAAACACCGCCAUACAACAGAUCAUGAAUGUUCGGGAAGUGCAGACCCGCAACUAGCCCGACGUAACAUAGUAGGACAAGCAGCACUUCAAAGGCGACAACUGAAGCAGACGAAUAGUAUCUCAAGUACGUUAACUAACCAGCGUGCAGGGGAUAGUAGCAAACAUCUAGAAGCGGUUCAGGGUAGCAUGUCGGAGGAUGAGGCAUUAGCGCGAGCUUUAGCUUUAUCAAUGCAGGAAGAGGAAGAUGAACGCACUCGAGCUGCACGAAAUGAAGCCAGCAAUAGCAACCAACGAGGAAUUCCGGUUGGUGGAAACAGCAACAAGGAUAAGUGCAAUCUGUCAUGAUUGGUGCUUUGCUUACUCACUGGGACGACAAUCUAGAAAUGCUUUUAUUCACUUAUAUUACAAUGUUUUAUUAAUGUGUAUACACCGUAAAAUAUGGCUUUAUGCAAUAAUACCUAUGUAUAUUCGGAAAGGAUUCAGUGUGAUUUGAUCGCUAAAUAAAAAUG